CCCUAUUAUUUCGCUCUAAGCUGCAGCUUAGCUAAUUUCUCUACGGCUUUCUUUCCACCUAUCCAUCAAUCACUUUCAUCAACACUCCCUCACUCACUGAUUUUUCCCUCUCUUCCUCGCACUUUCUCGCAUUUUCCCGUUCAAUUUUCUUUUUCUCUGCCAUAUACACACGAGAAAAGAAAAAUAAAAAGUAAUUCCUCGAACCAAACGGCCCGAAGAAUCUUUGAAAUUCUCAAAACCUCCUUUUGUUUUUGUCACAUUCUCUCGUCGCUUCCAAAAACUUAGCCUUCUUCACCGCCAUUGCUCAUAGUUUUCUUCGAAGUGGAGUCUUUUGCGGAGUUCAUCUUCCAUUUUCCACUGAGAGCUAGCUCAAAUCCGAGCUCAAAGUUUCACCGAAUUGAACUUCGAGGAGAUGUGAAUACAGGUGUCGAACUGCGGGGAUUUUUUGUGUUCUUGGUGGAGGCAACGUGUGGAGGAGUUAGUGUACGGACAAUCUGGUGCAUUGGGAGUGAUGGAGGGUAGGGUUUCGUUAGCGAAACUCGAAGCUUGAUGCUGCCCUCGGAGAAGAUGAGCGCUGACCAGUCUAAGCCGGGCCCGGUGGAGAGGGACAUUGAGUUGGCCAUUACUGCUCUUAAGAAAGGUGCACAGUUGCUCAAGUAUGGAAGGAGAGGGAAGCCCAAGUUUUGUCCCUUCAAACUGGCGAAUGAUGAAUCUACCCUGAUCUGGUUUUCUGGAAAAGAGGAGAAACUCCUUAAACUAAACCAUGUGUCCAGAAUUAUUCCUGGUCAGCGUACUCCUAUAUUUCAGAGGUACCCUCGGCCUGAGAAGGAAUACCAAUCAUUUUCUCUUAUAUAUGAUGAUAGGUCUUUAGAUUUGAUAUGCAAGGACAAAGAUGAAGCUGAAAUCUGGUUUACUGGUCUAAAAGCGCUAAUAUCCCGUGGCCGCAACCGAACAGGGCGAUCUGAGACAAAAGGAGAUGGAGUUCCAUCUGAAGCAAAUAGUCCUAGAGCACACACCAGAAGAAGUUCUCCUUUGAGCUCUCCAUUUGGCAGUGGUGGCAGCUCACAAAAGGAUGGUGCUGAUCCCCUUCAUCUGCAUACUUUGCAAGAAAGCCCUCCGAAAAUUGGUCUAGAGAAGGCAUUAUCAGAUGUGAUAUUAUGUGCUGUGCCUCCUGAGGUUUUCUUUCCUUCAGAUUCUGCUUGUGGCUCAGUCCAUUCUUUGUCAUCAGGGACCUCCGAUGGAAUAACUGGGCGCAGAAAUGCUACAGGCAUGGAUGCUUUCAGAGUUAGUUUGUCCAGUGCUGUUAGCUCAUCAAGUCAAGUCUCUGGUAACAAUGAUGGUGAUGCUUUAGGGGAUGUAUUUAUUUGGGGGGAAGGCACUGGUGAUGGCAUUCUGGGUGGAGGAAUAAAUAGAGAUGGGUGUUCCUCUGGUGCGAAGAUUGAUUCUUUAGUUCCUAGACCCAUGGAAUCUGCAGUUUUACUUGAUGUUCAGAACUUAGCUUGUGGUCGUCGACAUGCUGCUCUUGUAACCAAGCAAGGAGAGGUUUUCACUUGGGGGGAGGAAUUGAGAGGCAGACUUGGACAUGGUGUUGACUCUGAUGUUUCUCAUCCAAAGCUUGUAGAUGGUCUUAGAAAUAUCAAUAUUGAACUUGUGGCAUGUGGGGAGUACCAUUCUUGUGCUGUUACUCUUUCUGGUGAAAUGUACACUUGGGGUAAUAGUUCUUACAAUUCUGGGCUCCUUGGACAUGGAAAUGAAUCCUGUCAGUGGGUUCCUAAAAAAUUAAAUGGACCUUUGGAGGGAAUACACGUUUCAUCAGUUUCUUGUGGACUCUGGCACACAGCUGUUGUAACUUCUGCAGGGCAAUUGUUUACUUUUGGUGAUGGGACUUUUGGUGUUUUAGGACAUGGUGACCGUAGAUGCGUGGCAAUACCAAGGGAAGUUGAGUCCCUUAAAGGCCUCCGGACUGUGCGGGUAGCUUGUGGUGUUUGGCACACUGCAGCAGUUGUUGAAGUCAUGGUUGGCUCUUUAACUUCCAGCAAUUGCUCAUCAGGAAAGCUUUUUACAUGGGGAGAUGGAGAUAAAUUCCGUCUUGGGCAUGGUGAUAAGGAAGCAAGACUGGUGCCAACUUGCGUUGCUGCUCUUGUUGAACCCAACUUUUGUCAAGUUGCCUGCGGAGACAGCCUGACUGUGGCACUAACAACUACAGGCCAUGUCUUCACCAUGGGAAGCCCUGUUUAUGGUCAACUAGGAGAUCCCCAAGCAGAUGGGAAGCUCCCCAGAAAGGUUGAGGGAAAGCUUAUGAAGAAUUUUGUUGAAGAAAUAGCUUGUGGUGCUUAUCAUGUCGCAGUUUUAACUUCAAGAACUGAAGUUUACACUUGGGGAAAGGGUGCCAAUGGUCGUUUGGGUCAUGGGGAUACAGAUGAUCGAAUGUCCCCAUUUUUAGUUGAAGCUUUAAAAGAUAAACAAGUCAAAACAAUUGCUUGUGGCACAAAUUUCACCACAGCCAUCUGUCUGCAUAAAUGGGUCUCAGGUAUUGAUCAAUCAUUGUGUUCUGGCUGCCGCCUUCCAUUUAAUUUCAAAAGAAAACGACACAAUUGUUAUAAUUGUGGACUUGUUUUCUGCCACUCAUGCUCUAGUAAAAAGUCUCUCAAAGCUUCCAUGGCACCAAACCCAAACAAACCUUACCGUGUCUGUGAUAAUUGCUUUGGAAAACUUUGGAAAGCCACUGAAGCUGACUCUUCGUCUCAUCCUGCUCUUAGUAGAAGAGGAAGUGUGAAUCAGGGGCAAAAUGAACUUAUUGACAAGAAUGAGAAGUUGGAUUCAAGAUCGUAUGUCCACCCUGGAAGAGUUUCUUCCUUAGAAUCAUCUAGAGAAGAAAGUGGCGGAUCUUCUAAAAGAAACAAGAAACUAGAUGUUAACAUUAGUCGUGUUUCACCCCUUCCAAAUGGGGUUUCUCAGUGGGAUGCGCUCAGUGACUCUAAAUCUCUCAAUCCAGUGUUUGGGUCAUCCAAAAAGUUCUUCUCGGCUUCUCUUCCUGGAUCAAGAAUUGUUUCUCGAGCAACAUCUCCAAAGUCAAGACGAUCCAGUCCCCCUCGUGCCACUACACCAAUUCCAACUUUAUCAGGGCUUAGUUCACCAAAGUUUGCUGUGGGUGAUGCUAAAAGGAUGAAUGAUAAUCUGAAUGAAGAGGUUUUAAAAUUAAGAGCCCAGGUUGAUGAUCUUAGCCGCAAGGCAAAAAUUCAAGAAAUUGAGCUGGAGAGAACAACCAAACAGUUGAAGGAGGCCAUUUCUAUAGCAGGGGAAGAGGCUGCAAAAUCAAAAGCUGCAAAGGAAGUAAUUAAGGCACUUACUGCACAGGUACUGAAGGUUGCCAUGGGAUUGAUAGGCUUCUUAUUAGGUAUUGAAGUAGAUCUUGUAACAGAAGGCCCCAAUUUAAAAGCUUGUUGACUUCCUUUUAAGUAUAAUAUCAUAUACAUUUUGGGUGAAUGCAUCAAUGAUACUUGAGGAUAACAAAUUCCAUUAGGUGUUAAAACUCCUGUCCAUGAUCCAAUUGAUAUUUUGCUACAUGUCAUGGUUCAACAAUUUGUUAUGAAUGGUUCUGUGUACUUGGGCUAUGCCUGGUUCUCAUCAAUGGAGUUCUUAUAUUCUGGUUAAAAAAAAGGGACUUGUUAUGAAGGAAUUAGGGUUGUAGGUGAUCUAAGCUGAGCCGAGCUUCAGGCUGUAUUUACGCAAUAAGAUGGAGGAUAUAUGGAGCUUGAGGUCCACUUGACCGAAAUCGAACAUUGAAAUAUUAGCUUGGGCUCGAGUCAAGCUUCUGAACACGAAUAUGAGCUUGAGUUUGAGUUGCUGUAAGCUUGCCAAGAAAUGGGUGGCCUGACAAGCCUCAGAAGCAUGAUCUAGGCUCUAAAGACGGCAUCCUCAGGCCUGCUUUCUUUUCAAUCCCACUGCUCAUCUCAAGCUUGUAAUGUCUAUCAAAAAGGGCACUGGAAGAAAAACAGAACCACUUAUUAAGUGCAUUAAAUGAAGGACAAGAAGGCUUUGUUUAUAGCCAAUGGAUGCUGUAACCUGCCUUUUCUUCUGUGUGGGAAAAGCAUGCCUCAAAUGUUAAAAUGGAUGGGGGAAGAUACUAAUUGCCUUUUUAAUUUUUGGUAUACGAGUACAAAGUUAUCAGUAAGAAAAGUAGAUGAUAAAUCGCACACACAGGAUGAUAGUUAGGCAGAUUUGAAGCUGUACAAUAAUCACUUAUUGCAUGAUUAACAACAAUACUGCUUCGAUGUUGACUUUUUAAGUUUGAAAUUUCUGUUUGUACUGUUUUCUUAUGGACAGAAUAGUUGUCACUUCUAAAAUGUAAAUUGCAUACAUCAUAACACAUC